AUGGCAGGCUUUAAUGACCCUUACACUGACUUCCCAAGUCUUUUCGACUACGAUUCUGAAGAAUUUGACGAUGUGAUCAGCGCCUUCAGCGAGAUCGACCUGCUUGGGCAACCAGCUUGCUCUCUUUCGAGUACAAUGGAGGAAUGUAUUGCCCUCACGGGUCAGUUGGACACGGUUAGAGAUGACUGGUCAAAGUUAUCGAUGGCUUUGAACGUUUUGGGGUUCCAACAGGAUGAGCUGAAAGUAAGCCUCGUUGGUCAAUCUCUAAGUAUUGAAGGCAAACAAGAAAUCAAAGAAGGCUCGAGCUUCACGUCCAGGUAG